GAUUUCUUGGCUCCAGGCACUCACCUUGCAGCCAGUCCCUCUUGCCUGCUGGCAGCGUCGCCAGCAGCCAAUAUCCCCCAUCUGGCCCCGGUGCCCUUGCAUGCUCCACUCUGCUCUGGGAAAUCGCGAGGCAUAGAUCGAGUAAGUAGAACAUCUUCUCCUGCAGUCGACGAGAUGAACGAUCCAGACCCCCGAAAAGAGUACGUCGUGCAGUGCAUCAUCAGCGUCCUGAACAUCCCUCGGGAGUUUUUCAAGAGCAACCAGAAGUCCAACGAGGCAUUGGAAAAGUUCCUGGAUGACCAGAACGAGAAGGUCCUCCAGGCUGUGGAGAGCAGCAACGGCGACAGUCAGAAGAGGCAAGUCUCGCUCUGCCUGGGCUUCCAGAGCUACGCCGACGGCAAGAACGAGAUGCACUUCGUGAAAACGUCCUUCGAGCCGCUGACGUCAGAGAACAUCUCGAAGCUUGUGAUGGUCUCUUCCCUCCGCGAGUCGCCAGUGCGCAGCCUAUUUUACAGCAUGCGGGAGGUCUACGUCCCGCUGCUGAUAAAGUCUGGCGCCAAGGUGGAGGCGUUGGAGGGGCGCCUGAGCCAGUGCCUCAUCGAACUGGAGGAGGGCCUCAAGGCCUCCUUCCGCAGAGGCCUGAAGAAGCAGACUCAGUUCGACGAGAGCGACCUGUCCGGCAUCAUCACUCCGAUCGACGAGGUCCACUUCUGGGACGAGUACAAGGACGCCAAGAGCGCGGCGCAGGACGCGGAGUACAACCGGGCCGACCAGAUCGCCAAGGUGCUCGCGGGGAUAAGCAGCGACGUGGAUGAUCUCAACAAGAAGUCUCUGCCGCAGCUGUCCGAUCUGACCGAGCACCUGAAGGACGUCCUGGACGAGCUCUGGCAGGUGGAGGUGAAGCCGCCCUACCCAGAGAGCCGCAUGGCGCACCUGCUGAAAGUGCUCUCGGGCGCUCUGGCCCGCUCGGUGCAGGGCAAGCUGAACGGCCUGAACGUCUGGACGUCCUCCUUCUCCCAGGCCUCCAAGCACAUCCGCGAGGGGUACAAGGUCUGCGAGCGCUGGAACGAGAUCACGGUCGAGCUCACCAAGGAGGUGUGGGCCUCCAAGGAGGACCUGCGGCGGUGGACGGGCGAGCCCUUCAAGGACCCGUUCCUGUCGAACCUCGCCUUCCGCAUCCAGGAGGUGAACAACCUGAGGAGCCAGCACGACGAGGUGCUGAAGCUGCUGACCGACGAGGACCUGAGCUCCCUCCAGCUGGAGAGCUGCUUUGAGCCCUUCCUGAAGCUGCAGGUCUUCAGCUACAACGACUACACGCUCCCGAUGUGGCGCGCCGCCAACGCGGAGUACGAGAAACACAUGGGCCCCGUGGAGUCGAAGGUGGCGGACAGGCUGCGUGCGGAGCUGGGCACCAGGACCUCCAACCCUGCACAGACGGUGCGCGUGUUCCAGCGGUACCAGAACCUGCUGGAGCGGAAGGGCAUCCGGGAGGUCCUGACGCCCGAGAGGGAGCACCUCCUCACCGAGCUCGGCGACUUCGUCGGCAGCGUGCUGCACGAGCUGGAGACGUUCGACCCCCAGAACCUGCCCAAGGGCCAGGGCCUCAGCGAGCACGUCAGGAAGAUCCUCUGGGUGGAGCAGCUGCGGAGCAAGGCCGAUCUGGCGGCCCGGCCGCUGCAGGGCUUCCUGAAGGACCUGCACGGCGCCCCGAAGGUGGCCUCGACCUACCGCAAGGUGCGGCAGGACCUGAAGGACAUGCGCACGAAGGUCUUUAAGGACUGGAAAACAGAGGUGGAGUCACAGCUGAAUGACCCUGACGAGCCCAUUGCACUGGAGAUGAACAGUCGAGUGAUGGAUUUCGACACCAGCCAGCAGGGUGCCCUGAAGGUGACCUACUCCGAGAGGCUGAUCCAGCUGGUGAAGGAGGCCCGCAUCUUCGAGCAGAUGAACGCGGGCCCCAUCCCGAGCAAGGUCAAGCUGGCGGUGCAGGAAGGCCUCAAGUUCUACCGCUACGCGGUGCAGCUGAAGCAGAUCUGCAACUUCUACAACAGCAUGUCCUCGGAGCUGCUGCCGUCGCAGAAGCUGAUGGUGCUGAACCCCGCCCUGGCGUUCGAGCAGCUGCUGAACAACGACAAGCAGAGCAGCAUGAAGAAGGUCCAGUGGGCCAAGCUCGACCAGCUCGAGGCCUUCACGCGCGCCGUGAGGGACGGAGCCGAGCGGCUGCAGGAGGUGAACCGGCGGCUCCGCAACGGCCACGCGCAGGUCACGUCCGAGGUGGUCCAGCUGGCGAACAUCAGCCUCUUGCGGCAGAGGGACCAGUGGAAGCAGAAGCUGGCCACCGUCCAGGACCAGAUCGACAAGGCGGUGGUGGCCUGCGGCUGCCAGGCGCAGAGCGCGAAUCCGUGGAGGGAGCACUGGGACCACCAGAUCUUCAAGAUCAUGGAGGUGCAGUACCAGUUCGGCCUGGAGAGCCUGAGCGAGAACCUGCCCGAGAUGAAGGCCGACCUUGUCCUCACCAACAAGCAGCUCCGCAUGAAGCCGCCGCUGGAGGACCUGAAGAUAUUGUACUACAAGGAGAUAAAGCAGUUCAUCUCCUUCCCGCUUGGCUUCAAGGGCCUCGAGGGUGCUCCGCAGGUGUACAAGGCCAUCCUCGAGAGGAAUCAGGCUGCCAUCGGGGUGGUUUUCAAGAAGGCCGACGAGCUCUUCGCGAAGGUGGAGGCGGUGCAGAGGUCGUUCUUGCCGUGGGUCGUCCUGGGUCUCAACCCUGAUCGAGUCCAGGAGAUGGUGGACGAGCUCGACACCCCCCAGGAGUUCGAGCUCAAUUUCAAGGCGCUGAAGAACAAGCGAAAGGACGUGGACAAGAUACCGACCGUCGUCAGGGUCGACUGCUUCACCAUCAGCACCUCAGUGCUCAAGUCUGUGAUCGAGGACCAGAUGGAACGUCUCAGCGAGAGCCUCAUGAUCUGCCUGAAGCGGAGAGUCUCGGACCAUGUCAAGGAGGUGAACAAGUUCCUCGACGAGGCCCUCGAGAAGCUGAGCGUGCGCCCGGAGUCCGUGCAGGAGCUCGGCAAGGCCCAGGCGGACGCCAAGGAGCUCGGCCAGCAGCAGCACGGGGUCAGGAAGCAGCUCGAGGCGGCCGAGGAGAGGAACAAGAUCCUGCGCACCGUCUCCGCGGGGCUCGACCUCGGGGAGGUGCAGAACAAGUUCGACGACUUCGUGGCGCGCCUAGGAGCCUUCGAGGAGCUGGCGCAGGAGCUGCGCCAGGAGCUCCGCGACAAGAUGGACGGCCGCAUCAAGAACAUGAACUCGGAGAUCGAGAUGUUCCAGUCGCGCUGGCAGGGUACCAAGCCCAAGACGGCCGAGGGGUGCACCAUCGAGGAGGCGAAGAAGAACGCGGAGGUGAUGCAAGACUGGCAGGCCAAGUGGACCGACCUCAAGGAGCAGAUCCAGACCAUCAUCACCGACUGCGAGGCCUUCAGCGUGGAUUCCUCCAAGCUGGUGAACCCAGAGGCGCUGGAGAAGGACAUCGAGAAGCAGCAGCAGAGCUGGUCGAUGUUCGAGGACUUCGCCUCCGAGCUGGACAAGUUCGCCGAGCUGACGUGGCUGGACAUCCGGCCGCGGCUGUUCGUGCUCCAGGACUUCUGCGGGGCCUGGACGGAGAAGCUGAAGGAGGUGCCGCUGCCGCGAGACAACGUCAUCUGCCCGCGGGUCCACCUCAUCUCGCAGCAGGUGCAGAAGCUCUCCUCGGCGCACCCGGGGCUGAGGAGCAUGACGGGGGAGCCCUUCGAGAAGGAGCACUGGAAGAUCCUGUUCGGCUACCUGGGGCUGCCUCUGGACCAGAGGCACGACAGCCUGAGCUUCCGAGACGUCCUGGACAGGAUCGGCGCCGUCGUCGAGAAGACGGAGGAGAUCAAGGAGCUCACCGCGAGGGCCAUCGGAGAGGUCACCAUCCGCGACGCGGUGAUGGAAGUCCAGGUGUGGUUCGAGCAGGCGGAGUUCAACUUCAUGGAGCACAUCGUGAAGGGGGCCAUCGUCCCCCUGAUCAAGGACUGGAAGGACAUCAUGACGGACGUGUCGGACAAGCAGAACCUCUGCGGCUCCCUCAAGGACUCCCGCUUCUUCGCGCCCUUCAAGGACCAGUGCGACGCGUUCGAGGAGAAGCUCGUCACCAUCGACGAGCUGUUGAUCAUCAUGAACAAGGUGCAGCGCAAGUGGGUCUACCUGGAGCCCAUCUUCGGCCGGGGGGCGCUGCCCCACGAGAAGGAGCGCUUCGACACCAUCGACAGCCAGUACCGGCAGACCAUGAAGGAGAUCGGCCACAAGAAGAAGGUCGUGACCCUCUGCUCGAUGCCGCGCCUGAAGGACAAGUUCACGAACCUGGCGGACAUGCUCGAGCGGUGCCAGCGCGCGCUCAACGACUUCCUGGAGGAGAAGCGCUCCGCCUUCCCCCGCCUCUACUUCAUCGGCGACGAGGACCUCCUGGAGAUCCUCGGCCAGUCGAGCAACCCCGAGGUCAUCCAGUCGCACCUCAAGAAGCUCUUCGCAGGCAUCGCCACCGUGGACUUCAACGAGGGCGUCACCGAGAUCCUGGCGAUGAAGAGCUCCCUGAAGGAGGUCGUCCCGCUGCAGCGGCCCGUCGUCGUGAAGGUGGGAGAGGACCCGCGGAACGUGGAGGACUGGCUCGGCGACCUCUCCAACGAGAUGAUGUCGACUCUGACCGUGCAGCUCCAGAAGAUCUUCUCCACACCCGAGAUAGACGGCGGCACGUUCGAGAGCAGCCCGUCGCAGCUCCUGUGCCUCAGCGAGAAUAUCCACUUCACGCGCAACAUCGAGACGAAGAUCCAGAGCGGGCAGCUGCUGCAGUUCAAAGGGGAAUUGCAGGAGAAGCUCAGCAGCAUGACCUCGCAGACUGCCCCCGGCGCGCUGGCCCAGGCGAAGCUGAAGAGCUUGAUCCUGGACCUCAUCCACAACAUCUCCGUUCUGGACGAGAUGCUGGCGAACAAGGUGCAGCGCGCCUCCGAGUGGGGGUGGUUCAAGCAGCUGCGCUACUACUUGCAGCCUGGCGAGAAGAAGAACCCGUGCACGGCUCGGAUGCUCGAGUGCGAGCUGAACUACUCCUUCGAGUACCAGGGGAAUGCGGGGAAGCUGGUGCACACGCCGCUCACCGACAAGUGCUACCUCACGCUCAUGCACGGCAUGCACCUGGGCUACGGCGGGAACCCCUACGGGCCAGCCGGCACGGGCAAGACGGAGUCCGUCAAGGCCCUGGGCAACUGCCUGGGCCGGCAGGUGCUCGUCUUCAACUGCGACGAGGGCAUCGACUUCCAGGCGAUGGGCCGGAUCUUCGUGGGGCUGGUGCGCUGUGGAGCCUGGGGCUGCUUCGACGAGUUCAACCGCCUCCUCGAGGAGCAGAUGAGCGCCAUCUCCGGGCUGAUCCAGGUCAUCCAGGCGGCGAUCAAGAACCACCACCCGAACGUCAGUCUGCUCGGCCGUGACGUGAGCGUGAAUCACAACGCUGGGAUCUUCAUCACGCUGAAUCCUGCCACCAAGGGAUAUGGCGGACGCCAGAAGCUGCCUGACAACCUCAAGCAGUUGUUCCGGCCAGUCGCCAUGAGCGUGCCCGACAACGAGCUCAUUGCUGAGGUCAUGAUGUUCUCGGAGGGCUUCCAGAGCGCCAAGGUCUGUGCGCAGAAGGUCGUCUCGCUGUUCCUGCUGUCGCGCCAGCUGCUGUCGCCGCAGCAGCACUACGACUGGGGCCUGAGGGCGCUGAAGCCCAUCCUGACACUGGCGGGGCGCCUCCUGCAGGAGGCGAAGGCGCAGAGCGGCCAGCCGCUGACCGACGUGGAGGAGACGGUGCUGCUCAUCAAGGCCGUGCGCAUGAACACGACGUCCAAGCUGACGUUUGCAGACGCGCGCCGCUUCCAGGAUCUCUGCUCGGACCUGUUCCCGGGCGUGGACGUGAAGAACAUCGAGUACAAGGAGCUGGAGCAGGUGAUCCGCGAGACGAUAAAGGAGAUGCGCUUGAGCGAGAUAGAGUCUCAGAUCGGAAAGAUGCUGCAGUUCCACGAGGCGUGCCAGCAGCGCAUGGGCGUCGGCAUCGUGGGCCCUUCGGGCUGCGGCAAGUCCACGAUCUGGAAGGUGCUCGAGGGUGCUUACAAGAAGCAGGGCAAGACGUAUCGCCUGCACGUGAUGAACCCGAAGUCGAUGGCCCGCGUCCGCCUGCUAGGCCACAUGGACCACGACACCCGCGAGUGGUUCGACGGCGUGCUCACCGCGAGCGCGCGAAAGGUGAUCAAGGAGCCAGUGACCACCCACAACUGGAUCGUGUGCGAUGGAGAUGUGGAUCCAGAGUGGGUUGAGUCUCUCAACAGCGUCCUCGACGAUAACCGCCUUCUGACGAUGCCGAACGGCGAGCGCAUCCAGUUUGGCACAAACGUCAAUUUCAUCUUCGAGACUGACCACCUCCGCUUCGCCUCGCCCGCCACGAUCAGCCGCCUGAACAUGAUAUUCUUGUCGGAGGAGGACGUGGACAUCAAGCCGCUGAUCUCCUCGUGGAUCAUGCGGCAGCCCGAUUAUAUGCAGGCCAGCUACGAGCAGUGGUUCGACGCACUUUUCUACAAGGCGCUUGACUUUGUCUACAGAAGUCGGGUCAAGCGGGAGCUGUCCAUCGACACCACCAGGAUGGGUCUCGUGCUGAACGUCCUCGGCCAGAUGAUCCCGCGCCAGGACCCGGACAGCGACGCCCCAGCGGAGCUGUCGAAGAAGGAAUUCAUGCUGGCCGUGUGCAGAGGCAUUGGUGGCAACCUGUCCGAUGAGAGCCGCAGCGAGCUCACCAACGAGGUCUUCCAGUGGGCCAGCGAGUACCUGCCAGACCCGUCCCGGCCGCUCAACUGUUGCUUCGCAGGCGGCACCUUCUCGCGCUACGAGCCGUCCUCCAUGAGGUCCGACGUGUCGCUGGAGGCAGUCCAGAGGUCCAGCGUGCUCCCGCCUCUGGUCCCCACGGUGUCGGUGCUGAGGGACAUGGACCUGUUCAAGACCUGGCUGCUCGAGGAGCAGCCCUUCAUCGUGUCGGGGCCGGAGGGCUGCGGCAAGAACCUGCUGAUCAGGCAUGCCAUCCGUCGGAUGCAGAACGAGUCAGAUGUUGCUCUGACCGUUGCAGUGCUGCAUUGCAACGCGCAGACGUCCUCCAAGGACGUGCUCCAGAAAUUACGGCAGUUCUGCUCCGUCUCCACAGGCGUAAGCGGCCGAGUCUACAGACCCAAGGAGGGGCGCCGGGUCGUGUUGUAUAUGAAGGACAUCAAUUUGCCUACGCCGGAUAAGUACGACACGUCCGAGGUGAUCAUGUUCUUGCAGCAGGCAGUGCAGCACAAUGGCUUCUACGACGACGACCUCGAGUUCGUCACCCUAGAGCACAUCCAGAUCGUUGCGUCAAUCGCGCCUGCAUCCACGCUCGGCAGGCAUAAGCUCGCGCAGAGAUUCAGUGCCAAUGUUCGCACCUGCUCGAUCUCGUACCCCACAGGCGAUGACCUGGUUCAGAUCUACACCGAGAUGGUGGCUGCAGUCCUUACCAGUCCCGCCUAUCAGAGCGUGGGCAAUGUCAGUGGGAAGCUGGCGGAGGCCAUGGUGGACAUCUACACCCAGAUGAAAGCCAAGUUCACCGUGGACGAUCGAGACCACUACCUCUUCAGCCCACGCGACCUCACGCAGUGGAUCCUGCAGCUGCUUCGCUACGAGGUGUUCUCUCACGAGACCUUCCUCGAGGCCUGGGCUUACGAGGCGUGCCGCAUCUUCAUGGACCGCCUCGUGGGCGACGAGGCGCAGGCGCACUUCGACGGCAUGCUCAAGAAUGCGCUGCUCCAUUUCUUCAACAUCGACAUCGAGGUCGAGAAGCUGGUGUACACGUCGCUGCUCACCUUUGGUGACGAGGGCGUGCCGACGGGCGAAAUGAAGAAGGUCUCGCAGGCGGACUUUAGGAAGAUGAUCGAGGACGGCAAGAAAUCAUAUGAGCGCGAAGUGAAGGAUCUGCCAAUAGAGCUUGUGCCAGAGUGCAUGAACCAGCUGGCGUGCAUUGACCGCGCCCUGGCAGCGCCCACGUUCAACGACGUCCUCGUCGUGGGCCGCUCUGGCAGCGGACGUCGAUCGCUUCUGUCGCUGAUCUUCCAGAUGCAGCGCCUGCAAGUGUUCACCCCAGCACCUUCUCGCAAAUACGGCGACAAGGAGUGGAAGAGGGACCUCAAGGAGGUGAUGAAGAUGUCCGGCGUGGAGAAGCAGCACACGGUCCUCUUCUUGGAAGACCAUCACUUUUUGAAGUCGGAGUUCGCCGAGAGCAUCAACUCGCUCCUCAGCUGCGGCGACGUGCCUGGCAUCUGGGCCCCAGAAGAGAUCGAUCCGCUACUGGCGCCGCUGAAGGAGGAGUGGUCCGCAUCCCAGGGCAAGGGCGGCUCCAUGCGCACGCCGUUCGACUACUUCGUGGGCCAAGUCCGAGACCAUCUUCGGAUAGUUAUCUCCAUGGACCCCGACCAUCCGCACUUCCUCCCGCUGUGCGCCGCGAAUCCUGCGAUGUUCUCCUGCACGACGGUGCUCUGGCUUGGCGACUGGAGCCAGCCGAGCCAGACGCACAUCAUCGGGCAGAUGCUCGGGGAGAUCGUGCAGAGUAAGCGGGGCAGCCUGGCGCCGCUGCUCCUGCACAUGCACUCCAGCCAGGUGGCCGUGGGCGCGUGCCCGCGGCACUUCACCACCCUGGUGCACACGGCCAAGAGGAUGUACGAGUCCAAGGUCUCCUCUGCCUCGGGGCAGUCCACCCACCUGCAGAAGGGCCUGCAGAAGCUGGAGGAGGUCAGCGCGACCGUCCGGACGAAGGAGGAGGAGUCCCUGAAGCAGGGCAAGGUGCUGGAGCAGAAGCAGGCCCUCGCGGCGGAGGCGCUCACGCGCAUCACCGCCGCCAUGCAGGAGGCGGCCGAGCGCAGGCAGGAGGUGGAGAGGCUGGAGCAGACCACCCAGGUCGACCAGGAGCGCACCGCCGCAGAGAAGGAGGGCAUCGAGCGGGAGCUGGCGGAGAUCCAGCCCGUGCUCGACGCCGCGAAGAAGGCCGUCGGCAGCAUCAAGCCGGACCACCUCAACGAGAUCCGCGCGCUGAAGAUGCCGCCGGAGCCCAUCCACGACGUGCUGAGCGGCGUGCUCCGGCUGAUGGGCAACACGGACAACUCGUGGGCGUCCAUGCGGAAGUUCCUCGCCGGUAGCGGUGCGAUCCAGCGCAUCUUGAGCUUCGACCCCCGCGAGAUCAGCGCGGAAGUCAGGUCAUCGGCCGAGGCCCUGUUGAAGGAGAAGGCGAACUCUUUCGACCACGCCACUAUCUACCGGGUGUCCGUUGCCGCAGCGCCCCUCGCCAAGUGGUUCACCGCGUGCGUUAAGUACAGCUCCGUGCUCGUCAAGGUGGCACCGAUGGAGAAGGCGCUGAACGAGGCGCAGAGGGUGCUCGAGACCUCGAAGGGCAAACUCGAGGAGUACAAGCAGCAGCUCGUGACCAUCGACAAGAAGGUGUCCGAGCUGCGCACGGAGUUCGAGGACCGCACGGGCGAGGCGCAGGUCCUGAAGGUGGACCUCGAGAGGGCCAACGCCACCCUCGCGAAGGCGCAGAGCAUGAUGUCCAAGAUGUCCGGGGAGCAGCAGCGGUGGGCGCAACAGGUGCAGGAGAUCAAGCAGGACGCCGAGCUCCUCUCCACGAACGCGUGCCUCUCGGCGGCGUACUGCACGUAUCUGGGCCACGUCUCGGAGGACAUCCGCCAGCAGGCGAAUGCCAGCUGGAUCGAGCAGGCCCGCAUCGAAGGCUUCGACCUGCUCCGGGUGAUGUCCAGCGAGAGCGAGCUGCUGACGUGGAAGGCGCAGGGCCUGUCGUCGGACCGGCUCUCGCAGGAGAACAGCGUGAUGAUCAAGUUCGGCGAGAUGGUCAUCGACUGGCUGAAGCAGCACACGGGCACGAGCGAGACGGUGCUGCAGCAGGACGCCAAGGUGGUGGCCCAGCUGGAGCUGGCCGUGCGGUUCGGCAAGACCAUCAUCGUCCAGGAGGUCGACGGCAUCGAGAACUACCUCUUCCCGCUGCUCCGGAAGGACCUCGUGCGGCAGGGGCCUCGCCAGGUCGUGCAGAUCGGCGAGAAGACGGUCGACUUCAACGAGGGCUUCCGGCUCUACCUGUGCACCAGGAACUCGAGCGCCAUCGACCAGCUCCCGCCCAACGCCUCCUGCCUGGUGACCCGCAUCAACUUCACCGUGACGCGGGCGGGCCUGGAGGGCCAGCUGCUGGGGGCGACGCUGCAGCACGAGAAGCCGGAGCUGGAGCACCGGAAGUCCGAGCUGCUCCAGAAGGAGGAGGGCCUGAAGGUGGAGCUGUCGGAGCUCGAGAAGCAGCUGCUCGAGUCGCUGGCGGACGCCAGCGGGGACAUCCUCGAGAACCAGCCCCUGCUGCAGUCCCUGGACGGCGCCAAGGAGAAGGCGAUCACCAUCUCCGAGGCGCUGGCCGAGUCAACCAGGCUGCAGGUCGACCUGAACCAGCAGCGGGAGAUGUACCGCGGCCUGGCCACUCUGGGCUCCAAGAUCUUCAUCCUGGUGCGCGAGCUCAAUCAUAUGGAUCACAUGUACCGUUUCUCCCUGGAGUCGUUCAUGACACUCUUCAACAGGGUGUUGAGGAUAUCGAUCUCUACCGACAGCGUCGAGGAGAAACUGCGGCAGUUGGGCAACCAGCUGAAGGUUAUGGUCUUGUUCUACGUGUCUCGGGCGCUCUUCAAGUCCGACCGGCUUACGUUUGGCAUGUACUUGGUGCGCGGGAUCAUGCCAGAAGCGUUCGAGCCCAACGAGUGGGAGUUCUUCCAGGGCACCUACAUUCCACCGAACACCUGUUCAGCGCCAGCUCCAACGUGGUGCCCUCCAGACAGAGCACCUGCGCUGCAGCUUCUUCGCGCCGCCUUCCCGACCGCGGACAACGCUUGGUUCCUCACGAAGGACAAUCUCUGGGCAUCCUGGGCCACGUCGGACAAGUGCGAGGAAGCCUUCGACGGCUCUGUCUUCUCCCGGAUGUCGGCGUUCCAGAGGGUGCUCCUCACGCAGGCCGUGCGUCCGGACCGCCUCGAGUCUACCCUCACGCAGUUCGUGUGCGAGAAGAUGAGUGUGACUACACUGUCGCCCCCGCCGCUGAGUUUACAGAAGCUGCACCAGGACGACACGAGCAACACCAUCCCGAUUCUCUUCGUCACGACGCCUGGCGCAGACCCGUGCCAAGAGCUGGAGGAGUUCGCCAAGGAGUACGCCGAAAAAAACGCUCCGAGCAUGAACUUCCAUCAGAUGGCGAUGGGCGGCGGCCAGAACGACGACGCACUCAGGCUGAUCCGGGACGCAGCGCGCAGUGGGGACUGGGUGUGCCUCAAGAACCUGCACCUGGUCAUCAGCUGGGUGCCCCUGCUCGAGAAGGAGAUCAAGAGCCUGGAGCCGCAUCCGCAGUUCCGCUGCUGGCUCACCACCGAGCCGCACGCGAAGUUCCCGCCCAUCCUGCUCGAGACGUCCCUGAAGGUCACCUACGAGGCGCCCCCUGGGGUCAAGAAGAACCUGCUCCGGACGCUCGAGUCGUGGAGCCAGCAGUGGUUCGCGAACGGCAGCCAGCUCCGCUCGCAGGUCUUCUUCGUGGCCGCGCACUUCCACGCGAUCCUGCAGGAGAGGCGCACGUACAUCCCGCAGGGCUGGAGCAAGUUCUACGAGUUCUCCCAGAGCGACCUGCAGAGCGCGUGCGAGACCGUCUCGCUGCUGGUGAACAUCGCGAGCAAGCAGGCCGCGGGCGGGCAGAGCUCCAUCGACUGGCAGACGCUCAUCGGCGUGCUGGAGCAGGCCGUGUACGGCAGCCGCGUCGACAACGAGUUCGACUCCCGACUCGUCCGAGAGUACCUCAACCUGUUCUUCCGGAGCGACAUCCUGGACGUUCCGCGGAGGAAGGCCGGGAGCUUGGACAUCCCGCCCUUUGACGUCCCGCUGUCCACCAGCAUGCCGGACUUCCGCCUGAAGGUGGACCAGAUGCCAGACUUGGACAACCCCGCCUCCUUCGGGAUGGCGCCCAAUGCCGACAGGUCCCUGCAGCGGAUCAACUCGCAGAAGGUCAUCCAGAUGCUCCGUCAGCUCGCGUCUUCGGGCAGCGCUGGCGGCGGUGACUCCAGCAAGGGGAAUGUGGACAUCAAGGCCUGGAAGCCGCAGCUGAGCCCGCUGUGGACCCUCUGGGACGCCGUCAGCAGCAACCAGCUCGCCAAGCUGAAGGCGGUGGACGUGCGCGCGGUGGCGCCAGAAGACCCGCCGGUGGUUGCGUUUGUCCUGAUGGAGGCAGCAGAGGCCACGAGGCUGGGCGACAAGGUGUCCACCUCGCUGAGCCUGCUUCAGAAGGCUAUCAGCGGCACGAUAGUCAGCACCGCCGACAUCCAGGCGGAGGGCCACAACCUCCUGCGCGGGGAGGUGCCCGGCUCCUGGGCCGCCGGGUGGCCGUCCGCCCCGGAGGAGCCCACGGUGUUCCUGCAAGGGCUCGCGAAGCGCAUCGCGGCCCUGAAGGGCGACUGGGUCAGGCGCAUCACGGGCGGCAACGUCGUGGCGCAGCCCGCCACCCUGAGCGACUUCUUGAGGCCCGACGUCUUCCUCAACGCGCUGAGGCAGCAGACUGCCAGGAAGCUCUCGGUGCCCAUCGACAGCCUCCACCUGGUCGCCACCUUCGAGCCGCAGCUGCUCUCCGACCCCUCGAUGGCGCCGCUGCCGGUGGCGAUUGAGAACCUGAUCCUGGAGGGCUGUGAGUUCGACCAGGGCAAGCGCAUCCUGGUGGAGGGCGGCCGCAACUCUGCGCUCACCUCGGUGCUGCCGCCGCUCACGGUGGCGUGGAUGUCGAAGUCGGCGCACCCCGACCGGGCGGUCUCGUCCGCGCGCAACGCGGGCACCGUGGGCAUGCCCAUCUACGUCUCGCUCAGCCGAGAGCAGCUGAUCGGGGAGGUCUACCUGCACACCGAGAGCUCCCGGCAGCGGGUGCUCAAUGCUGCGGCGUUGUUCCUCACGGACUUCCUCGCGCAUCCUUUAGAGUGCCUCCUUGUGCUGGACUGGCUUUCGAGGUGUCCAGCUGUGCAGGACUGCCUCGCGCAAGCUGCUGCGAGCCCCCCAUCCACGUACUUGCGACAGGGUGGCAUCGCCGUCAGCGGGCGCGCCUGGUUCCCAACACCCUCUGAGCCGGCACCUGGGCUUGCCAAAUUCACCACCGCCUUGUCGGAGUCGGAGUCAGAGCAGGACGUGCUGCAGCAGAAGUACCACAUGCACGCAGCCGAAGCCAAGAAUUUCGCGUCGUUCCUGCUGCCGAUGCUGCAGCUCAACCCGGAGGACCGGCUCAGCGCGCAGGGUCUCCUCCAGCAUCCGUGGCUGCGCGGGCUGCCCGCGCCCGAGCUCCAGGCUGCGGCCUCCACGCUCGGCACGCAGGUGCCGCUGUCCACGCCGCCGCCCGAAGACCGAGGCGAGCACCGGGGCGAGCGGGGCGAGCGCGACAACGCCAGGGGCCAGCAUGCCGACCCGGGUCAGGCCAGAGGAGCGAACGCCGUCGAAGGCCGCCGGCACGCCGCCGGCGGCGAGGGCGUGGCGCUCGGCAUGGAGCCACUGACUUAAGCCCGAGAGGCGGCGCUGGUGCACAGCGGGCCCCCCGGGGCCCAGACGGACGGCGCGCGGCGCGGCGCCUCGCCCUCGCGCGGAUUUUUUUCGGGGCGCUCUCCGCGGCGCCUCUGUCCGUGGUCACGGCGGCCGUCACCGUCGCCGUCGCCGUCGCCGUCGCCG